AGUAGCUCGAUGACUACGUCGCUCGCUCACGUGACCGCGUGACGUCAGUACGUGUCUCCUAUCAGCCCGUACAGUCUGUGAUCUACCGGUUUAUCAGGGAAAGGUGAUGUCCGCUUCGUCCUCGUGUGAUCUCUGAAGGAUCGUACAGGAGAGACGGACAAAUAUGGCGCAUAAGAGCACAAUAAGUACCCUGAUGGACAUGGUGCCGGGGAAGCGGAGAUUCGGCAUAUACCGUUUCUUACCUUUCUUUUUUGUCCUCGGAGGAGCCAUGGAAUGGUUUAUGAUCAACGUACGAAUUGGCAAAGAAACGUUUUAUGAUGUGUACAGAAGACGUCAGGCAGAGAGACUGUAUGAAGAAAAAGGUUUACUGGCUGCAAAGAGCCAACCCUGAUACCAACCCACCAACGUAUAUACCCUGAUGGAUAAUAAAUCUUUAUUUUUUACUCAUCUCACCUUGGGAUUGGCCGUUACUCAACAACAUGUAUUAAAAUUGGUCAGUUUCACCCAAGCGUCAUAUAGGUUUAUAUCUGCUGGUUCGGGAUUUCCAGGUGUAAUCGGAGCACAGAAACACUUCCAUAUAAAACGUUUGAUCUUCACCAUUGUGAUUGUCCACACGGAUUAUGGCGAUUAACAUCGUGGGAUUCAUAUUUAGGGAAAAACAAGACAUACAUUGUAGCUGUAUAUACAGUACAUAACACCGUAACCUGUACGAUGGAGUACAAUGUAACAGUAACCAGGAGGCCUCCAGCUGUUGCAA